GACACUCCCACUAAAAAUUCCCACUCCACCAACUUUUUUGCCGCCACAAUUGUGCUUGUCUGGUUUUAGCGACCAAUUUCCUGCCAUUUUCAUUCUACUAUUUCUCACAGAGACAUCAUGCUCCGCUUUGCCAAACUGACCGAAAACGCCUUCGCCCCGUUGAAGGGAUCCGAAAAGGCAGCCGGUAUUGAUCUUCGAAGCGCCUAUGACUGCGUUGUGCCUGCUCGAGGAAAAUAUCUGGUCAAAACUGACCUACAGGUUGAGGUUCCACCUGGCUGCUAUGGCCGUGUUGCCCCAAGGUCUGGACUAGCCCUCAAGAAUUUCAUUGAUGUUGGAGCUGGUGUGGUGGACGCCGACUACCGUGGAAAUCUUGGAGUAGUUUUGUUCAAUCAUGCUGAUGAGGAAUUUAAAGUUAGUAAGGGAGACAGAAUUGCUCAGCUCAUUUGUGAAAGGUGCAUCAUUCCAGAAAUUUUGGAAGUUAAGUCUCUGGAAGAGACUGCUAGAGGAUCUGCUGGAUUUGGAUCAACUGGUGUUCACUGAUAGCCUGAUUUUGGACUGAUUUCAUAUUAUAAUUUCAAACUCUCCAGUCUCCACAUUUUUCAACUUUAAACCUCCUAAUGUAAAGUAUUAGCUAUAACCUGUUGCUGCGAUAAAAUGUAAGGUAGAAUAUAAUUACCACGUAUCUUCAACAAUAA